AUGGAGGAUGUCACUGUUGACAUUGGGAGACCUCUGAAUGCUCGGAAUCUGAAGAGCAUGGGGAUGAUUGAUCAAGUCAGAGCUAAACCAACUCUGAACACUUCCUGGGAAACACUCAAGCAUCAGAGGAAGAUUCCCAACGCUCUCUAUUUGUUCUCCAAGACUGACCCUUCACAAGUGGUAGCUUACUAUCUACAAGAUCUUGCUAACCAAGGGGUGGACAUCUCCGAGUUCUCAGUGGACUGGCUACCUGAGCAUCCACCACACUUCAUGAAAAGGACGCGAGAGCCCUCUAAGAAGUCCAAGAAGGCAAAGAAAGCAAAGUUGGGAGAAUCUUCUGGGUCAAGACCUCUAGUCCCUCUAGUUGACUCUCCAAGUAAGUCUAUACCUCUUUCCCGCUCUGUAAAACUUAAACCUAUUGCUUCUUCUCUUCCCCAAACCACUCCUAUCUACACCUCAUCUGAAACACCCCCCUCAACCACCAGAGCAUCUAACCCACCCUUUCUAAAAUUCAACCUUGCUACCACCACACUACCCGUUUCUGAAGCAGAAAUGCUGAAUGAAACUACCCCACCUUCAUCAUCAUCCUCACCUCAAUCCCCAUCAUACUAUGUCCUUUCCUCUGACAACGAACCCUAUGACCCCCAACCCCCCACUCUAGCUCAACUUCACACUCGUGCUCUGGCCUCUCAACAACCAUCACAAACUGAACCUGAACCAGAAGUCACUUCUCCACCCCCUGAACAACAAUAUCCACCUACAUAUGAACCUCAAACACCACCAUCUGAACCUCAACCAAAUCCACCUCCUGAACAACCAAUCCACUCACCAUCUGAACCUCAACUAAAUCCACAACCUAAACAAACAACACCUUCCCCCUCUGCUAUUCCCACACCACCAACAUCCGUUGCCACCAUCACUCCCAUUCUAAAUCUUGAUAACACCAAUCCACCUUCUCCAUCCUCCCCAACCUUUGCCUCUGAACCCGAAUCUGCCUUCCCUACCCUAGAAGAAGCAAUAAAUGUUUUUGCAGAGUCUUCAGUAGAAAAGAUCAAGUCUCUGACUAUCAACUCUGCCAUCAAUGAUGAUCCCUCUGCAGUAAGGAUCCACUGGAACAGAGUGAUCAGUUGGAUGACCUCUGAAGCCUUCAAACUUAAAGGCCUCUCUAAACAAGUCCGCAACGACUUCAUUAGAGAUGCUGGUUUUAGGCUACAAGCUCUCUUGGACAUAGAGGUUGAGGAACAAGCCAAGAAGGAAGUAGAAGAGAAAGCUCGCCUGGAAGAAGAGAAAAGGAUCAGAGAAGCUGAAGAAAAGGCUGCUGCUGCUGAGGCUGAGGCAAAAGCAAAAACCGACGCUAAAGAAGCAACACGCAUUGCUGCAGAGGAAGCUGCCAAGGCCAGGGCUGAUGCUUUGACUCAGGGGGAGCAAUCAAACUCUGGUUUUGCCCCUCUGGUCUUAAAGACUCUAGGGGAAUUGCAAAAGGAACAACAAGUAGUACGAGCCAAGCUGGAUCACCAGGAUUCCGUCAACACCAACAUUCAGAACAUGUUGCCUCAGCUACUCCAACGGAUGCCUCCGCCCCGAAACCCUUAG